AUAAGAAUGAAAUUGAACUAUAUAAAUACGAUUAAAUUAAAGCAAAAAUAAUUGACAAUAUUAAACAGAGUUUUAAGAAAACCUUUAGUGAUAUUUCAAAAAACAAAGUAUUAAUGUCGCUGAAGUAUUUCAAUCAAAAAAAAAAUGUACCUCCAAAUAAAUGAUAUUGUGCUUCAUCAAUAUUUGGUGCUUAAUUGAAAUCAAUGUGAUUAAUUUGUUUUAAAAAUUAGUUAGAAAUAAAAAAAUUAAUAUACAUAAAAGUACAUAACCGUGAUUAAAAAUGACAGUCACGUAUACUGCCGAAGUAGCAACAUGUCGUGGAUUUGGUACCUUUUUAAAACUUUUAUUGCGAUGGCGUGGCAGUAUUUAUAAGUUGGUGUGGUUGGAUUUAACAGCAUUCCUAUUUCUUUAUUAUGUUUUAAAUAUAGUUUAUAGAGUAGCAUUAAAUGCAGAUCAAAAAAAAAUAUUCGAAAGUAUUGUACAGUAUUGCGCCGUUUAUAGUAAUUUGAUCCCAUUAUCAUUUGUUUUGGGUUUCUAUGUGUCAAUUGUUAUGACAAGAUGGUGGAAUCAAUACACAAGUAUACCAUGGCCUGAUCCCAUUGCUGUUUUUGUAAGUGCUAACAUUCAUGGCCAGGAUGAGAGAGGACGAGUAAUGCGACGGUCAGUAAUGCGUUAUGUUUGCCUUUGUUUAACGAUGGUCCUUAUAAAUAUUUCACCAAGAGUUAAAAAACGUUUCCCUACUUUGGAUAAUUUAAUUGAAGCGGGUCUUCUAGUUGAAAAUGAAAAAAAUAUAGUUGAAAAAUUAAAUGUUAAAUUUCCAAGACAUUCAAAACACUGGUUGCCAAUUGUUUGGGCUGCAAGUAUUAUAACAAGAGCUCGAAAAGAGGGUAGAAUACGUGAUGAUUUCGCUGUUAAAACUAUUAUUGAUGAAUUAAAUAAAUUUCGUGGCUUAUGCGGUAAAUUAAUUGCUUAUGAUACAAUUAGCGUGCCUUUAGUAUAUACACAGGUAGUUACUUUAGCAGUUUACUCGUAUUUUUUAACGGCUGUUAUGGGGCAACAAUGGGUUGAAAAUAAAGAAAUUGCUUCUGGUUAUUUGAAUCGCAUUGAUAUGUAUUUUCCUAUAUUUUCUACACUACAAUUUUUUUUUUAUAUGGGUUGGUUAAAAGUCGCAGAAUCUUUAAUAAAUCCUUUUGGUGAUGAUGACGAUGAUUUUGAGGUUAAUUGGAUUGUUGAUCGAAAUUUGCAAGUAUCAUAUAUGAUCGUUGAUGAAAUGCAUCAUGAGCAUCCCGAAUUAAUAAAGGAUCAAUACUGGGAUCAAAUAUUUCCAAAUGAAUUACCUUACACCGUGGCAUCUGAAAGAUUUCGUGAAGAGCAUCCAGAGCCAUCAACUGCAAAAAUUGAAGUGCCUAAGCAAGCAGCAAUGGCAACAAAUAUGUCAAGUGUUCGUGUUGAUGAAAUGGUCGGUAAAAUAAAUGUUGAACAAAAUGAUUCAAAUCAAGUACAGUCAGUUCAUUAUGAAUUCCCAAAACCAAACGAGGAGGCUGAUGAUGCCAGUGGAAUACACUUUACAGCAGGUAAUGGCAAAGUACGCUUGCCGUCCAGAGGUUCAUCUCCAUCUUUAGCAAGUGUAAGUGGCACUAUGUCAAGGGUAAAUACAGUCGCCUCGGCUUUGCGAAGAUUAUUAAGUCGUGAAGGUGCCACAACACCAACAUGUGAAACUCCUCAAAUGGGAACACGUUUGCCAGGUUCUGUGAGCUCUGCCAGUUUAACAGGACAAAAAAAUUUAAGUACUUCUGCUGGUACCGCUGCGGCAACUAGUGGUAGUAUGAGAAUUGCUGAUCAAGUUAUUGAAGAAGUCGAUGAACAGUUAACGAUUACAUCACAACGACAUGAUCCAAAUAAACCUCAUGUUCAGGAUAUAUUUGGAGGAUUGCCACCUCCAUCAAAGCCAGUCGAUGUUCCGAUUUCUAAAACUCCUCAAUAUAUUAGAACUCAAUCUCAUGGUGGUGAUAUAGCUAUGCAUUCAUUCUAUUUUCCACCUGGUGGUGUUGACGCUUUAUUAAGUACAUCAGCUCCCCCACGAGAUGAUUUAAUAUUAGGUAAAGCUUCACCGUUAGCUGAAAGUGAAGGAAGUCUUUUCCAGAGUGGUGAGAUCGGCAGCAAAGAAACCGUUGAAGAUAUGGACAACAAGUCAAUUACCAAUGAUCCUGCAGAAAGUAUGGAAAUAGAUGAUGAUUUUGAAAGGUUAAGGUUGGCACGCGAGAAAGAAAGAAUAGAACGACAGAAACAAAAAAUUGCAAGAUCUAUUAGUACGCAACCAGUUCAAGCUGGUACAACAAACAUUGAAGUUGGUACUGCAACAGUUGGUGAUCAAACCGUUGAUUUUAUAGUUGGUAGUGUUCCUUCGACACAAGCUGAAACACCUGAUACACCAGUUACUUUAACCGAACAAACGUUAUAGCGAAAAAAUACUUCUGUCAAAUUUUAUUUAGAGAAUGAAUGAAAAGUUUGUUUUUGUUUUUGAGUUAAAUUAAAAUCGAAAAAGAACCGAAACAUUGAUAUAAAAAAGUUAGGGCUUUUUAUUUUGGUCUAAAAAUGAGGAAAACAAAAUGUGCCUAAAUAAGAGGUGAUAAAAAAUCUAAUAUUAAAAUUGUAAAUAAAAUCUUUUUAUUUCCAUAUUUUUAUAUUUUCGUGUUACCAAAUUUUAUGUAUUUCUGGCAUGUAGGUCAAAUGUGUCUAUAAACAAAUAUUAGUUAAUUGAAAUUUAUACAUAUUGAAAGAUGUAAAUAUGUAAGAAAGUAUUGUUUUUUUUUUUAAGUAUAAUUAGAUUAUACUAUAUUAAUUAAGUAUUUUUACUUUUUAGAAAUAAGCCUAAAAAAUAACUCAGUAAUACUUCAUUUGACGGUAUGUGAUUUAGAAAAUUACAAAUCAAUUAAAAAAUAUAGAAGAAAACUAAUUUACUCUUAAGAUUUAUCAAAAUACAACUCAAAUAGAAUACUUUUUACUAGUUGAAAAUCUUUAACUAAAAAAAUUUAAUUAUUACUUUAUUUAAAUAUUACUAUUAAUCAAUAGCAUAAAAAACUCAA